CUCCCUCCAACUCCCCCCCCCCGACAAUUCCCCCCUCCCUAUAUCACCAUGGCGCCUAGUUUCGAUACUCUCUCUGAGCAAGACCUCCACGAGGAGGAGGAGGAGGAGGAGAUCGACUUCUCCGAUCUCAAAGCACAAUAUGAAGUGAAAGUCGACGAAGGCCUGGACACAUUUAUCGUGAUCGAUGGACUCCCCGUCGUCCCCGCAGACAGCCGACAAAAGCUCAUCAAAUUCCUGUUGAGGAAGCUCAACUCGGUCGGCCACACCUCCGAAGAUGCCGUCUUUAUGCCCCUGAGCGACAAGAACAUGACUGAAGGAUUCGCCUUUGUUGAAUACGAGACCCCCGAAAUGGCCAUCGCCGCCGUCAAGCAGCUCCACGGAGUCCCCCUGGAUAAGAAGCACACCCUCAUGGUUAACAAGUUGAUGGAUAUUGAACGGUAUGGUCGGGAAGGACGCGUCGAGGAGGAAUACAAGGCCCCCUCCGUCGAGGCCUUCAAGGAGAAGGAGCACCUUCGGUCCUGGAUGGGCGAUGUCCACGCCCGCGACCAGUUCGCGCUCUACCGGGGUGACAAGGUCGGAGUCUUCUGGAACAACAAGAGCAACCCGCCGGAGAACGUGGUGGAUCGGGCCCACUGGACGCAGCUGUUCGUUCAGUGGUCCCCCAAGGGUACCUUCCUGGCCUCCGUCCACCCGCAGGGUGUGCAGCUCUGGGGCGGCGCCUCCUUCUCCAAGCAACGCCAGUUCCCCCAUCCCUUCGUCCAGCUGAUCGAGUUCUCCCCUCAAGAGAACUACAUCACCACCUGGUCCGCCCGCCCCAUCCAGGUUGAGGAGGGCAGCCAGUCGGCCCUGUCCUACGAGGAGGAUGGCAAGAACAUCAUCGUGUGGGAUAUCACCACCGGCAAGCCCCUGCGGUCCUUCGUCUCCCACGAUCUCACCGCCGGUGCCAGCGCCGAAGGCGAGCCGAAGAAGAAGGUCCAGUGGCCGGCCUUCAAGUGGUCCGCGGACGAGAAGUACGUCGCCCGGAUGAUGCAGGGCCAGUCCAUCUCCAUCUACGAGCUGCCCCGGAUGAACCUCCUCGACAAGACGUCGGUCAAGAUCGACGGCGUGAUGGACUUCGAGUGGUCCCCCGCCACCGUGACCCGCGAGGGCGUCAAGCAGUACGAGCAGCUGCUCUGCUUCUGGACCCCGGAGAUCGGCAGCAGCCCCGCCCGUGUCGGUCUCAUGAGCGUCCCCUCCAAGGAGAUCGUCCGAACCCGCAACCUGUUCAACGUGUCCGACGUGAAGCUGCACUGGCAGUCGCAGGGCACCUACGUGUGCGUCAAGGUCGACCGUCACUCCAAGUCCAAGAAGUCCAUGGCCACCAACCUCGAGAUCUUCCGCAUCAAGGAGAAGGGCGUCCCCGUCGAGGUCGUCGACAGCCUGAAGGACACCGUCAUCAACUUCUCCUGGGAGCCCAACGGGGGCCGUUUCGUCGUCAUCACCACCGGCGAGGCCGCCCAGGGCGCCGCCGUCGCCCCCAAGACCUCCGUCGCCUUCUUCGCCCCCGAGAAGAAGGGCCCCUCGGCCGGCAACUUCAAGCUGGUGCGCGUGGUCGACAAGAAGAACAGCAACGCCAUCUACUGGUCGCCCAAGGGCCGCUUCGUCGUCGUGGCCACCGUGCACUCGCAAUCGAGUUACGACAUCGACUUCUGGGACAUGGACUUCGAGGGUGAGAAGGCCGAGGGAGAGAAGGACCUGGCCGCCAACCUGCAAUUAAUGAAGACCGUGGAGCACUACGGUGUCACGGACGUCGACUGGGAUCCCACGGGCCGGUACGUGGUGACCAGCGCCAGUUCCUGGACCCACUCGAUGGAAAAUGGCUGGACCCUCCACACCUUCGCCGGUCAAACCCUCUCCGAGAACCCCACCGACAAAUUCAAGCAGUUCCUCUGGCGCCCGCGCCCCGCCACGCUCCUCAGCAAGGAAGAGCAGAAGCAAGUGCGCAAGAACCUCCGCGAGUACUCCAAGGAGUUCGACGAGGAGGACCGGUACGCGGUGGACAUCGCCAACACGGCCGUGGUCGAGACGCGGAAGCGUGUGCUCAGCGAGUGGACCGCCUGGCUCCGCCAGCAGAAGGAGCUCCUGUCCGAGGACAAGGAGGUCUACGGACUGCCGGAGGAUGUGGACGAUCCCAAGCUGGCCAAGGACGCUCCUCCCGCUACGGAAGACAAGGGCGAGGCCGUGGUGGAGGAGAUUGUCGAGGAGAUUGUCGAGGAGCACGAAGAAAUCAUCGGUUGAACGGAGCAUGUUGGAAUUUAAUGUUAGGUUUUUUCUUCCCUUUUUUCUACUUUUUUUUUUUACUCUUUAUUUCUCUACCUUCUACUGCGUCAUCUGUCGAUAUCCUUUUUCCUCUCGUGGAGCGGUCCUCGCUUCCCCUCUUCCUGUGAGCCUCAGCCUCUUGUGAUCCGAUUACCAUGGUUUUCGUGCGGGAUGUCCGAAACCAUGAAAAAGUGAAUAUAUGUGUACUGCAUAUCCCGUUGGGACUUAUGUGCGCGUUGGUAGCAUGAGCGAUGACAAUGACGAGCUGCAGUAACGGCCUAGUAGAA